ACAGACUGGCUGCAGCGCUCCAACACCAGACAGAGAUCACAGACUGGCUGCAGCGCUCCGACAACAGACAGGUAUUCAGAGCUGCAAGUACAACCUCAAAUGGAGUCCAAUCUGACACGUGGCGUGGAGAGCAACUCUACCGAAUGUCCGUCCAUUGACGACUUCCGUAACCAGGUUUACUCCACAGCCUACUCCCUCAUUACCGUGUUAGGCCUGGUUGGGAACGGCUUCGCCCUAGUGGUGCUGCUCCGAACGUACCGAAAGAGCUCACCCUUUCAUGUCUACAUGCUGAACCUGGCUGUGUCCGACCUGCUAUGUGUCAUGACGCUGCCGCUGAGAGUUCUCUACUAUGUCAACAAGGGCCAGUGGAACCAGGGUGAUUUCCUCUGCCGCAUCAGCUCCUAUGCCCUUUAUGUAAACCUCUACUGCAGCAUCUACUUCAUGGCUGCCAUGUCCAUCACGCGCUUCUUGGCCAUCGUGUUCCCCGUGCAGAACCUGCGGCUGGUGACGGAGGCCCGUGCUCGCAUGGUGUGUGGGUUUGUGUGGGUGUUCAUCUGUCUUUCAUCCUCACCCUUCCUGACUUCUGGCCAGCACACCGACCCCCAAACAAAUAAAACCAAGUGCUUUGAGCCUCCAGGUGCUAACGGUUUAGAUAGACUAAUCAUGCUGAACUAUUUAUCUCUGGCUGUGGGCUUCGCCCUGCCCUUCUUGGUCAUCCUGCUGUGCUACGCUGGCAUAGUCCGCACCCUGCUGUCCCGCUCUAACGUUGCCCGACGCCAGCAGGGCACGGGUACCAGAGCCAUCCGAAUGAUUGUCAUCGUCCUGCUGACCUUCCUGAUCAGCUUCAUGCCGUACCACGUGCAGCGCUCCAUCCACUUGAGCUUCCUGUCGCGGAACGACACCACCUGCGCAGAGCGGGUGGCCAUGCAGAAGUCUGUUGUGGUGACCCUCUGCCUGGCUGCUUCCAAUUCGUGCUUCGAUCCACUGCUUUAUUUUUUCUCUGGAGAGGGUUUCCGCACUCGCUUGUCCUCCCUGCGCAAGUCAAUGAGGGGCAGCACCCAUAACCGUAUAGCCAGAAUAAAGCCAGUCAAAGUCUCAGAGUCCGGGGAGAUCCACCAGCUGAAGGACAGUUGAUUUACACCAGAGAAAUAAAUAUCUCAGGAUUUGUUUGAACGAAUACUUCACCCACAACAGUACCAUUUACCAUCACUUACUCACCCCUUGUUACCUUUCAUUUUCUGAUAAAACUUUUUCUCGCAUGCCUCCUCAGUGAAAAGAGAAUAAGAGUGGAUAAAUGAGACUUGAAUUAUACUGCAUGGCACGCGUGAUAGUUUGUAUAUACAGUAGAUGUUUGUAUAUAGUUUUGUUGUCGGUUAACAACGCUCACGUUUACCUCAAUUCAUCAAGACUUUAUUUUUUUGACUUUUUGUGUUUUUUGAUUCUUUGUUUGCUGUGGAGGCAUGCCAGAAAAAAACAAAAUACACCCUCGCAAAUUCAAGGUAACACUUUGUAACUGUUAUACAAAUGUUUAUCUAGUGGGUGUAGUAUUCCUUAAAGGAG